AUGACAUUCACCAAACCCUCUGUUGUUAUCGUAGGAGCUGGAGAGUUUGGCGCGGCUACGGCCGUUUCCCUCCUGCAGAGUGGGAAAUACUCCAAAGUAACAGUAUUAGAUCGCGCUGCUGUUCUUCCAGCGAUGGACGCCGCGUCCUGCGACAUCAACAAAGUAGUCAGAUUUGACUAUGUGGAUGAGGACUAUUGUCGCUUGGCAAGGCAGGCCAUCGAUGUCUGGAACAAAGAGGAAUGGAAAGGGAUAUAUUACCAGACCGGUGUAGUCGUUCGAUGGCAAGAAGGUCCGGGGAUCGAUUCCACUGCUCAGAGGAUUGUAUACGAUAAUGUACGGUCACAGGAAGAGUCUGUCCGUCUACUGACCAGCGCAGACGAUAUCGUCGCCGCUGUAGCUGGAGGUAACACUGAGGUUCCAGUGACGCCGCCUGGGCCGAACGACAUCGCGUAUCACAAUUCAAUUGGUGGAUGGGUGAACGCAUCUGCAGCUGUGAAUAAGCUCUACAGCGAUCUUCGAGCCCUCGGCGGUGAGCUUGUAGCUGGAGCUGAAAUGGAAGAACUCCUCCUUAACUCAGACAAGACGGACGUACGCGGUGUCAGGCUCAAAGACGGACGAGACUUCUUUGCGGAACACACCAUUAUUGCCAUGGGAUCCUGGACGGCAGCUCACCCAACCUUACACGAUAUCGUACCAAACGGACUCAUCACCGCUACUGGCCAGACUAUUGCAGGCGUGCAGCUUUCUCCUGAGGAGAUUCAAAGAUAUGCAAACAUCCCUGUCAAUAUGCAUCACGACGGUUCAAAUUACUACAUGUUCCCCCCUAAUGAGACGGGGCUGGUCAAAUUUGCCUUCCACGCCGCUGGCUAUCUCUCGGAGAACGGUCAACCUAGAACAAUUGCCGAUCCGAAAGCCAUGGCUUACUCGGAGGCUAAUAAUGUUGGUUGGAUCCCUGCACAGUCUGUGAGGGGGCUUCGAGAACAGUUGCGCAUAGCGUAUCCCGAGCUAGCUAAAAAACCUAUUGCCUUUACGCGGAUGUGUUGGUACUCUGAUGUGCUAGAUGGAGACUGGGUCAUCGAUUACGCUCCCCAGUACUUUUCUUUGCUAAUUGCAUCAGGUGGAGCAGGGCAUGCCUUCAAGUUCCUGCCUAUCAUCGGUGAUCUGAUAAGAGCUCGUCUCGAGAAUACACUGGAUCUGAAACUACAGAAGAAAUGGCAGAUAUCGCGAGUUCCUACCACUAUAGAUCCAGGUAGACCUGUAAGCGCUAGGCAGCCUUUACAGCUGACAUCGUUGGUGAGCCACAAGGAGCUCCUCACAGCCGUGUGA